AUGACUUGUCUUCCUCGUCCAUCACUAAUUCCUUCUCCUCCAUCUACUCAAAUGAUUUUGGCAAACAAAAUCGAUCAAAUUGAUUAUUUCUGCAAACUCGGUUGUGCUACUCGUCAUUGUGCUCCUCUUUCUUCUCUCCAAAAUCCGAAUGUAGUCAAAGUCGCGGACUGUGUGGAUUCAUGCUCGGACAAGUGCUCCACCAAGAACUAA